UGAUCUGGUGAUGAUGAUGAUGGCACUUUAUUUACAAAAUGGAGUGGCAGGUUCCCGCUUUUAUCACUUUUGACGACUUCACUAUGGAUGAAAAUUAUGAUUUGUAAAAGUGACGCUUUCUUAUUCAUUGCAUUGUAAAUGUAUGAUGCUAGUCAUAUAGUUUGAUUGUAUCAUUAAAUGAAAGGAUUUGGCACCACCUUUUAACCGAUAUUCCGAAAAAAACUAUUGGAAUGUAUAGCUUCUUUUGACAAAGACAUUCAAUUAUUAGCUAAAUACAUAGCCAUGUAUACAAUGGAGACGUGCAAUUCAAACAUGGAAGACUCUCAGAAGUACGGCGAAAAAUACAAUUCUACAAAGAGAAAAAUAUCUUCUCAUGGCUAUUCAGAUAGAAAUAAAAUUUCAAAAUUGCUGGAAAAAAUACCGGUGCUGAAUGACUUUUUCACUCUACAUAAGAAAAUUGGUGAAGGGACGUUCAGCUCGGUAUACCUUGCUAGUUUGAAUAGCAAUACUGACAAAGAGGAAGAGGAAGAAUGCAGAUUCGCCAUAAAGCAUCUCAUCCCAACAUGCAGUCCAGCGAGAAUCAUUCAAGAAAUCACUUGUUUGAAAAAUAUUGGAGGGACUGAUAACGUCGUUGGCUUGACACAAUGCAUUAGAAAGAAAGAUAACUGUGUUUUCAUCAUGCCAUUUCUGCCUCAUCGGAAAUUUUCUGAUUAUUUUCUGGAUAUGGACGUGGCAGAAAUAAAAUUGUACAUGAGAAAUCUUCUGAUUGCGUUGAGACGCGUCCACAAAUUCAAAGUUAUUCACCGAGAUGUGAAACCAGCUAAUUUCUUGUACGAUCGUGAAACCAAACAAUUCCUCUUGGUUGACUUUGGAUUAGCAGAGAAUGUUGAGAAAAAAAGAGACUCUUCAGAUGAUAAUGUACAGAGCUCGGUCACCGAGAACACCCCUGUUGUGUCUAAAAAACGGAAACAUUCCCAUUUAGCUGAUGAAAAUGAGAAUGGAGAACACCUAGAUCCAUCAGAACAGCAUUCCAGAAAGAGAAUGGCGCUGCACCCGCUCACAAACGUGUCCAAUGUCCAGGAUACACCUCCAGUGCUGCGGAAGGCCAUCGAAUCCCCACCCAGUUUGAAGAAAGCAAAAUCGGCUUCCAAUCAAAACCAAACUAAACCUGAAGAAUCACUAGAUGCCGAGAAUAAAUUCAAUUCCAAACCGUCUAAAUUGGAAUCAACCGCUGAGAACGUUAUGCUAUCGCCUAAGCGUCUCCCACUCGCGGCUAAUAAUACUGCCAAUAUAAUGAACAACGUAUCACCCAAAAAGCACUUGUCUUCACUUAGCACUAGUUGUGUCGAAAAGAAAAUAAAUUAUAUGUCUCACUCAAUAACGUAUGAUACUACUUUCAUUCCACGUAGAUUAGAUCUAACUAGUAAAAAUGAGAAGGUAUUUAGAUCCCUGCUGCCAAGACGCGAGGAGAAACCAACGGGGCCUAGUUACGUUCGUGUACAGAAUUCUCAGGUGCAGCCAGUUUUCCAAACACCGAACAGCAACGCGGCAGUGAAGAAGGCAGUGGUGGGGAGCGGCGCGACAGUGUCUCAGUGUCGCUGCGACAGUCGCCCACAGGUGUGCAACAUCUGUCUGACGCGACAGAAGCAGUACGCCCAGCGCGCGGGCACCCCCGGGUACCGGCCUCCCGAGGUUCUGCUCAAGUACCAACAUCAGACUACCGCCGUGGACAUUUGGGCAGCUGGCGUGAUGUUCAUCAGCAUACUGAGUGGCAGCUAUCCAUUCUUCCAAUCAAGAGAUGAUCUCAUUUCACUCACUGAAAUUAUAACUAUAUUUGGAACCACUCCAGUCAAAAAUCUUGCCAAGAAACUAGGUAAAAACCUGAUCUGCAGCACCGAGAAACAGCCACUCAACCUGAAACAGGUGUGCCAACGUCUGCGACGACGCAAACUCGAGUACGCGACACUGUCACCAAACGUAAAACUGCGACUUUGCACAACCUGCGACCACUAUGUGUUCCCCGCUGACGGAUGUCUCUGCAACAGAGAGGAAGCUCCGGACAACGAGUUCCAACAGCAGAGUCAGUUCCCUGAUGAGGCCUACGAUCUUCUCGGCAAACUGCUCGACAUCGAUCCCAACACCCGUAUCACUGCUGAGGAUGCUUUGAACCAUCCUUUCCUUAUAGAAUAAUUUGAAAUCUACGACAGUGAUUUCAACUUCAGUAACUAGAAUCAUUUGAACAAUCAGUAUCAAAUUGAACUAGCUAGAAUAGUACACUUGAGUCACUGCCAAAUACAAAUUGAACCAUCGUUCUCUUCUAGAAUAAUUUCAACUCUAUACAGUGAUUUUAACUAUCUAGAAUGAAUUGGACAAUCUAAUUUAAAUUGAACUAGGUAGAAUAGUGCAUUCGAAUCAAUGCCGAAGACGCUUUGAACCACCCUUUCCUCCUAGAAUAAUUUGAACACUAUACAGUGAUUUCAAGUAUCUAGAAUGAAUUGAAGAAUUAGCCUAAUUAAAAAGAACUACAGUAGAGCACCGAUUAUCCUGACAUCGGUUAUUUGGACGUUCCCUAAGUGAUAUGAAAGCAUUGAAAUCCCCUAAAAACAUAACAUAUUCUGUAAUUCAACGGCUACAAAAAAUGAAAUCCCCUAAAUACCUAACCUAUUCUAUAUUUCAAACGGCUAUAAUAAUUAACAAUACUGAGCUUAAAACGGCUUGUGCGUGGGCAUAGCCACCUCUA